UAGUUUUGUGGGAAGACUGCCGAGGAAGACGUAGACGGAGACGCAGAACAAGAUGGGGUUUUGGUGGAGGUUCAAUCUGCUUGUGUUUACAAUUGCGAUUCUAUCAACGCCUGUACUUUCAGAUCUGAUACUCUCCAAGGUCGAUCGACGUAUUGAUUUGACUUCACAAAUUGUACGCAUCACUUCAACACUAAAGGUGGAGAAUGCUGGUUCUGGUUUGGUUUCAGAGGUUUUGCUGGCCUUCCCGGAGCUUCAGGCAAAAAAUUUGGUAUAUCUGAUGGCAACAACUAAUGAAGGAAAAGGCAAAACGAAAAGUUCUGGAGUUAGUCUCCCUGUUGAAGUUGCCAAUCCAAAAGGAAUGCCUCCUGCAUUGACUGUUUAUUCUGUAUCAUUACCCAAGGCACUAGGUGAAGGGGACACAAUGAGUUUGGAUGUUUUGGCCGUAUUUACCCAUACUUUAAAACCGUUUCCUGAGAAAAUUACUCAGGCUGAUAUUCAGUUGGUUUUGUUUCAGGAUAGUGCAUACUAUCUCUCUCCUUAUGCAGUAAAGUUUCAGUCUCUUAGCAUUAAGCUACCUGAUGCGAGAAUUGAGUCAUAUACGAAAAUUGAGAAUACUAAGAUUCAUGGCUCAGAGAUCAAAUAUGGUCCAUAUGAAAAUCUCCCUCCUUUCUCAUACUCACCUUUAGUUGUACAUUUUGAAAUCAAUCAGCCAUUUGCUGUUGCUCAGGAGUUAGUGCGAGAGAUAGAAGUUUCACAUUGGGGAAAUGUGCAGGUCACAGAACAUUGCAACAUUGUCCAUGAAGGUGCAAAAAGCGAGGGUGAAUUUUCUAGGCUUGAAUACCAGGCCAGACCCCACAUUAGAGGUUCAUCAGCCAUUAGACAUUUUGUUGCAAAAUUGCCACCAAGAGCUCAUUCCAUUUAUUAUAGGGAUGAAAUUGGGAAUAUAUCAACAUCUCAUCUGUGGGCUGAUUCUAAAAAGACAGAGUUAUUGAUUGAACCUAGAUAUCCAAUGUUUGGAGGUUGGAGAACAGCUUUUAUCAUUGGAUAUAGUUUGCCACUUCAGGACUUCUUGUUUGAGUCAGAGGGGAAACGUUUCCUAAACAUCUCUUUCGCUUCCCCUAUUAAUGAUUUGGUCAUUGAUAAUCUUGUUGUGAAGGUUGUUUUGCCUGAGGGGUCCAGAGAUUUAUCUGUUUCGACUCCAUUUCCUGUAAAGCAGAGGCAAGAGUCCAAAAUUUCCCAUCUGGAUGUUGUUGGUCGACCAGUAAUUGUGCUGGAAAAGGCCGACGUCGUGCCAGAGCAUAAUCAAUAUUUCCAGAUCCAUUACAGCUUCAACAAACUUUCAAUGCUUAGAGAGCCAUUUAUGUUGAUUUCUGGAUUUUUCUUUCUUUUUGUUGCUUGCAUUGUAUAUGUGCAUGUUGACUUGUCAAUCUCCAAGUCAUCUGCUUCUUAUUUGGCAAAACUGCAGUGGGAUGAGGUUCGAGCAACAAUUCAGCAGGUUGAGAGUAUCAUUAACCAAUGCCUAGCAACACAUGAGAAGAUUGAAGCAUCACUACGUGACCUUUCUAGGAUAGGAGAUGUCCAAGCAUGUAAAACCACUCGCAAGACAGCUGAUGGUUUGUUGAAAGAGCAUUCAAAAGAAUUAAAGCCCUUGUUAGCAUUUCUGCAAUCAUCUCCUGCAGCUGCUAAUAUAUUGCCUAAGGUGGAGGAGUUGGUGGCUAAGGAGAGAGAAUUGCAAGAGAGGUGGAUGGCGAAACACUCAAUAAUAGUGGACUGCUAUGAGAAGAAGCUUGGGGGACGGGAAAUUGAGAACAGGGUUGCUCCACAGCAGCAAAAAGUUGUAGCCUUGAGGCAAGAGGUUGAAGAUCUUCUAGAGUACAUAGAUGAAAUAUAAUUGAAUGGAUAGAGGCGCAGUGCAACUGAGCUUCAGGGUUAGAAUUUUGGUUGGUCGUUUAUUCAAGUUAUAUUUGACGAGCUAACUGGAAUUUCGAUUGUUACGUUUUUUAGACUAAACUUUUACAUGAUUAUGAUAAUUUGGAAUUUUGAACUUC